AUGGAGCAGUUAAAAAAGGUCAAAGAUAAAAUUGAAGAAGAUUUACCAUUUUUUAUUGAAAAUAUGCUUAAAUUGAAAACAUACAAAGCAGAACGUCAAGAAAAAUACAACGAAAUAAAACGACAAGUUCUAUUUAAGGAAGAGGAAAUGAAAGAUACUAUAGCUAACAAAGCGGUUGCUUUAAUUAAAGAUCUCGAUGAUUGGUGGAUACCACAAAGUGACCAAAUUUCGAAAAUGGAAGAAACAUUGAAGAAUGCUGAAGAAGAUCUGAUACACAGAAAAGCCGUAAUUGAAGAGGUGUUCACAUCUGAGGAUACGACAUCUAUUUUCUCAGCAGUAGACCAAGUUGUAAAAGAGCUACCGAUUAAAAUCGUUGCUGAAAUAAGGAAACCAGAAUCCUUGAGGUUUUCAACAGAAAAUUCGACCAUGAACCUACAAGUAGGGUCAUUAAUGAAAAUACCAGAACUAAGAAUUGUUGAUACAUACACAUACAAUGCUACUAACAAACUCGCGGUCGUCAAUGCAGAUCUUAAUGUUGGGUUUGAUGAAUCGAAUGCGACUUUAAAUCUUUUUGUUUUUACCAAAACUAAAUGCUACACGGUAUCAAGUGCAUAUAUUCGUAAUAAAAUAAAUGACAUAACUGUAACACCAAAGAAGUCGAUCUUAUUUACAGAAAUAGGAACAUCUUCGAUUAUUUACAAACACGAUAAAAACUCAGAAAAAACAGAAUUCAUAGAUAUCCAUCCAAAGCAAGCUAAAGCAAUUCAUGCAAACCCGAAUGACGACAACUUAAUUGUCGGAUAUUUGAAUCGUAUUAAUCUUUUUGUAACGCCUCCAACAAAAAUUCAUGGAGAAGUAAUGCUACUCAAUGAAAAGGGAAAUACAAUUCAUACUUUUAAACUAGAAAACGAACAAUUCAAUGUUCCAAAUGUUAUUACAACGAAUAUUAAUGGUGACAUCUGUGUAAUUGAUACAACAAACACAAACUGGGAAGGAAGAGUUAUUGUUCUUGAAUCAUUGGGCAAGUUGAAAUGGAUGUAUAAAGGUCAUAACGAGAUAAAUACUGAACAUGCAUUCUCACCACGUGAUAUCGUAACUACAUCAACGGGAGAUAUUUUCGUUGCAGACGCAAAAUCUAGCGCCGUUCAUGUAUUAUCAAUGGAUGGUAUAUUCAUUACAAGUAUUGGCGAAAAGGAAAGUAUCCAGAAUCCAAUGGCCUUGUCAAUUGACCAUGAAGGUCGAAUGUUGAUUGGAUGUAUUAAUAACUUAUAUGUUGUAGACAUUAGAAAUAAUUAG